AUGCAGAGCGCCGGUCCCGGCGGCGCCCCCGCCUUGCACCUGCUGACCACCUAUUUCCUCGACAGCCUCCUGGGUGGGACCGGGGAUCGCACCGGCGGGGACGCCGCAGAGGAGCCCCCCCAGCCUCCCGGGCCCCUGCAGCAGGGAGAGCGCGGGGGAGAGGAGGGAGCCGCGGAGCUGCGGGACCAGCAGCGGGAGCAGAAGAAGCCGGGCAGCCGCGCGGAGGAAGGGCAGCCGGGCGAGCGAGGGCUGAUUCCCGGGCCGGGCGCCCCAUCCGACGUCCGCGAGGCGCCGGAGCCUCAGAAGCGCAAGCAGCGCAGGUACCGCACCACCUUCAGCCACGUCCAGCUGCAGGGCCUGGAGGACGCCUUCCGCAAGAGCCACUACCCCGACGUCUUCGCCAGGGAAGAACUUGCCCUGCAGUUAGACCUCACAGAAGCUCGAGUUCAGGUCUGGUUUCAGAACCGGAGGGCGAAGUGGAGGAAACGGGAAAAAGCAGAGAUGCCAGGAAACAGACCUGGCGUCUCCUGGGGGCCUCCUCUGGGUUUGUACUUGGACAUCCCGCUGACCCAGAUGCCCCUCUUCGACUCCUCCUGGAGAACGUUGCCCAUUUCUGCCAUAGCCGUGCCUCCCAUGGCCCCAGCAUUCACCCCAACGACGUUGACACCAUUCAACCUCGGUAGUUUUGGCUGGACGUCACUUUUCCGAAACUCAAUGGUAAACCCUCAACUUGGAAGGUUCCUUAGUGCAUUAAAUCCGUGGAUGAGCCCCACCUCCGUUCUAAUGAAAGCUCCCACAAACGCCGCAGUCACCACCUUCUCCAAUCCUAUCCUAGCCGAGACCAAAGACUCAAACAUUGCAGACCUGAGACUGAAAGGCAGAGACGGCCCUGGCCAGGUGCCUCCUUUGAACCUGUCGCCGGAUCACAGGAGUACGGAGAAGAUUCUCUACUGA